AUGCCUUUGGAGGUAGUGGUGGAGCUGCAGAUCCGGGCGAUCUCUUGCCCAGGGGUGUUCCUACCUGGCAAGCAAGAUGUGUACCUCGGGGUCUACCUCCUGAAUCAGUAUCUGGAGACAAACUGCUUUCCUUCUGUGUUCCCUAUUAUGAUUCAGCAGAGCAUGAGAUUUGAAAAGGGCAUUGCUCCCAAAAUAGAGUUUUCUACAAGGACGGCCAUCAGAGAAUGUGUGUUUCUGCAUAGAAACAGAUUUCUUGAAGAAAGAUAUAAGUCACGAAGGCCUUUAUCUACAUCACGUGGACCAAAAUUCCCCUUAAAUAAUAUAAAGAUGAAGCCAAAGGAGAAUAAUCUCGACAGACUGCCCAAAGGCGUGCAAUCCUGGGCACCCUCUCCCUGUUCCACCAGACGUUUCUUCCAGGACCAGCCAGCUCAGUUGAACCUUGGAAAUCAUUUCAAAAUCUCUGGAGGAAGCAAGCCUCCAUUUGUAGUUAGACAUGUGGACAGUGCAAAGCCCUUUGGUGAGAAUAUUUCGGAGCAUCAUUUGCGGAAGUCUAGAAGAAAAUCUAAGUUUUCAAACUUUCCGUUUCCAUUGAGAAGAGCUUCUUCUCUUGACAGCCUUGCAGCUAACGUAAAGGUUAUCAAAGAGCCAGAUGAACGGAUUGUUUUAAGGAAUGAGUCACCAUCACCUUUAGAUUCAAGUAAGUUUGGAAAGCCCUCGCCCAGAAACCAAGGGGAUGCCGAUUUCCACUGGGAAACUUCAUUUGCCACCUCCCAGCAUUCCAGCUCUCCCAGCCCUCUGGAUCAGCCCCUUCUACGAGAAAGGUCCCAUCCUAGUUUUGCAUCCACGUGGAAGAAGAUCCAUGAAAGGGUACGCAGUCUCCUGACAUCCCACAGAGCUCAGCAGCACCUAAGCAAGGAAGAUUCAACCUCUGAAGUAAAUUAUAUCCGUGAAAAACCAGGCUACCCUCUGAAGAAAUACCCACUGCAUGAACAGAGAUAUUUUUAAGGGAACAUGAAUGGAAGCCAGAGGAGGAGGAGGAUGAAGAGCUCUCUCAUCCAGACAACUGACACAUCCUUAGAGAAGUGAGCAACAAUUUUUGUUGUCUGUAUCAAGUCACCAGUAUAUAAUCCCCUUUAAAUCAAACCCUAUACUCAGUCUCUUGUGCCUACCCAGGUAAGAGAUGUU